UCACCCCACUUUUACAAAAGGGAUCGCAUCUCUAUUUCUUUCCCUCUCGGCUCUCUCUCUCUCUCUCUCCAGAGAAGUAAAGAGAGGAGAGGAGAAGAUGCAGUAUAAUAAGAAAGAACCCUGCAGAAACUUUCAGCGUGGCCACUGUCGAUAUGGUGAAGCGUGUAGAUAUCUUCACGUGACUCAGCAACACCCAAAAUCUAAUGUCUUUGGAGGCUCAAAUCAACAGCAAAAGCCAAAUCCUUUUGGAUUUGAGAGACAAAUUGGCUCACAACCACAGCAGAAGCCCAAUCCUUUUGGUUUUGGUGUUCAGAACAGCUCUGCUUCAAAACGGGACACAGAUUUUGGAUCAAAACAGAACCAAUCUAAGCCCUUUCCAAACACAUGGACUCGGUCCACCUCCACACCUACUGGUGGUGCUUCACGACAAUCUGAUAAUCAGACUCAAGCUGCAAAUCAUAAAUGCACAGACCCUGAGACUUGCAGACGCCAAAUUGCUGAAGAUUUUGAGCAUGAAAGACCACUUUGGAAGCUCACGUGCUAUGCUCAUUCUAAAAAUUUACCUUGUGAAAUUGUUGGUGAUAUUAGCUGUGAAGAAUUGCGGGCAGUAGCAUAUGAUGAUGCUAGACGUGGGUUGAGCUUUCAGUCAAUAGUUGAGAGAGAGAGGAAUUUACUCAGCUCCAAGUUAGUAGAGUUUGAUAAUCUCCUCCAUAAGCCAUAUGCAGUUCCACCAAACUCAACUCUUGCCAGCCAAAUCCCAUUUUCUGGGGCCAGACCAAAUGCAUUACCGCUGACUGCCCAAAAUACUGACCCUCCUUCAGUCUCGAGCUUUAGUCAACUAGGUGCAUCACAGAAUAUGGGUUUUGGAAUAAGGCCCUCUACACCAUCAGACAAUGCAUUUGGGAAACUAAGUGCUAACCCAAAUUCUAGCCAGACAUCUAGUCAAUUUGGAGCAAACAAUUUUCCUUUUAGAAGUGAAGGGUCGUUUAGCACCCAAAUUCCUUCUCAGACAUUUGGAAGUUCCAUUACAUUUUCUCCUCCAGCGGCACCUGCUCAAAUUUCCAUUUCAACUAGUAACCACUUGCCCAUCCUGCCAAAUGGGCUUAACGUUAGUGCAGGUGGACCAGCAAGCACAGAUGUUCAGUUGGUGAAUAAUUUGCAAACAGAGAAUGUUUCUGGGGACUUGAAUAUUUGGUUAAAAGAGAAAUGGAAUCCUGGAGAGAUUCCAGAAGAAGCCCCUCCAGAUGCAUUUGUAUAGGAAGGAUAUCCUUCUGGGAUUAGACGCAGAAAGUUUUAGUUGUUUGUAAGCCAUACGAGCACAAAAUGUAUUGACAUCACGUACAAGAUGAAUGAGCAUCUUUAGCAAUGAAGUAGCACAAAGACUGGAUCAGUCUCCCCCGGCUUGCCAAGAAGAGUUGACACAUUUGUAGUCAGUCAAGUGGCGAAAUUAGUGAUUUUGGGGCCCUUUCUUGUGAGUCGUCAAGUUUGGAUUCAUGAAUUUGUGAAUAGCUGAACCAACUUCUCAUUGAACAUCUUUGCAAUUUUUCCGUGAAAUUCUAAAUAAUUCGUGAAAUUUUUCCUCGUUUCCA